AUGAGAGCACAAUACGUUCUUUUGGCUUGCCUUGCCGUCCUGGCUGUCGCUAUUGAAGCUGCCACUAUUAAAUCUUCGGCUAGCAACGAUCUAUAUCGUCGUGUUGUCUGCGUAAAUAAGCCGAAUGGUUUCCGCUCUCUUCAACCUGGUAGUUGCUCCCAGUAUUUCGAGUGUUUGGCUGGUGUUGCUGUACAGAAAUCUUGUACUCGUUUCUUUGACCCCAAUGUUCAGCGUUGUGUCAACUACAACACCGGCUGCACCGAGGAGAAGCAACUGGCCAAUAUUCAACCUACCGCUGGCAAUGUGGUAGCAGCAGCAGCAGCACCAUGUGAAACGACAACACCUCCUUGUGUCGAAAUUAUAACCACACCUAAAACAACCACUUGCACUACUCCAACAACAACAACAACGACAACAAAAACAACCACAACUACAACCACACCCAAAACAACCACUUGCACUACACCAACAACAACCACAACAACUACAACAACGACUACAACCACAACAACAACCACAACAACUACAACAACAACUACAACAACAACUACAACCACAACAACAACCACUUGUACUACACCAACAACAACCACCACAACAACUACAACAACAACCACAACAACAACCACAACAACCACCACAACAACCACCACAACAACAACUACAACCACUUGUACUACACCAACAACAACCACCACAACAACCACCACAACAACCACCACAACAACCACCACAACAACCACCACAACAACCACCACAACAACCACCACAACAACCACCACAACAACAACUACAACAACCACAACAACCACAACUACAACAACCACUUGUACUACACCAACAACAACCACCACAACAACCACCACAACAACCACCACAACAACCACCACAACAACCACAACAACCACAACAACAACCUCAACAACUACAACAACCACUUGUACUACACCAACAACAACCACCACAACAACUACAACAACCACAACAACUACAACAACCACAACAACUACGACAACAACUACGACAACAACGACAACAACAACAACUACUACAACAACCACAACAACAACUACAACAACCACAACAACAACUACAACAACCACAACAACAACCACUUGUACUACACCAACAACCACAACAACCACAACAACAACCACAACAACCACAACAACAACCACAACAACAACCACAACAACAACUACAACAACAACCACAACAACAACGACAACAACCACACCUAAAACAACCACUUGCACUACACCUACAACAACCACAACAACAACAACCACACCAAAAACCACAACAACCACAACAACAACCACAACAACAACCACAACAACAACCACAACAACAACCACAACAACAACUACAACAACAACCACAACGACAACAACCACACCUAAAACAACCACUUGCACUACACCUACAACAACCACAACAACAACAACCACACCAAAAACCACUACAACAACCACACCGAAAACCACCACAACAACCACACCAAAAACCACUACAACAACCACACCGAAAACCACCACAACAACCACACCAAAAACAACUACCUGUACUACACCUAAAACAACCACUUGCGCUCCACCUCCAACAACAACAGCCUGUGCUCCUGUUAAGACAACCCCACCCUGCUCAUAA